CCCGCAGGUGCGGACAUAUGAAGAGGCGGAGGCGGCGGCCACCGCAGCCUCUGUGCGGAGGGACGGACGGACGGACCGAGGCGCGGGCGUUGCAGAGGCCCCAGCCAGAGCCCGCGCCUGAGCCCGCCCUGAGGCCCCUGCUCGGCCCCCGUCCCGCCCGCCCGCCCCUCUUCCCGCGGAGCCGCCAAGAUGGGGUCUGGUCGCUCUGACAGCUAUCGUGUCGCCACCUCGCAGGACAAGAAAGAUGACAAGGGCUCGCCCAAGAAGGGCAAGGGCACUAAGGAGCGCCGGGAUCUUGAUGAUCUCAAGAAGGAGGUGGCGAUGACAGAGCACAAGAUGUCCGUUGAAGAGGUCUGCCGGAAGUACAACACGGACUGUGUGCAGGGUCUGACCCACAGCAAAGCACAGGAGAUCCUGGCCCGAGAUGGACCCAACGCGCUCACGCCACCACCCACUACCCCAGAGUGGGUCAAGUUCUGUCGCCAGCUCUUCGGGGGCUUCUCCAUCCUGCUGUGGAUUGGGGCCAUUCUUUGCUUCCUGGCUUACGGCAUCCAGGCUGGCACGGAAGAUGACCCAGCUGGUGACAAUCUGUACCUGGGCAUCGUGCUGGCAGCCGUGGUCAUCAUCACCGGCUGCUUCUCCUACUACCAGGAGGCCAAGAGCUCCAAGAUUAUGGAAUCCUUCAAGAACAUGGUUCCCCAGCAAGCCUUGGUGAUCCGGGAAGGUGAAAAGAUGCAGGUAAAUGCUGAAGAGGUGGUGGUUGGAGACCUGGUGGAGAUCAAGGGUGGAGACCGAGUCCCAGCUGAUCUGCGAAUCAUCUCAGCGCACGGCUGCAAGGUUGACAACUCCUCCCUGACGGGAGAAUCCGAGCCCCAGACUCGCUCUCCUGACUGCACACAUGACAACCCCCUGGAGACUCGGAAUAUCACCUUCUUUUCAACCAACUGCGUGGAGGGCACUGCUCGGGGCGUGGUGGUGGCGACCGGGGACCGCACCGUCAUGGGACGCAUCGCCACGUUGGCCUCGGGGCUGGAGGUGGGCAAGACGCCCAUCGCCAUCGAGAUCGAGCACUUCAUCCAGCUCAUCACUGGUGUGGCCGUCUUCCUGGGUGUCUCCUUCUUCAUCCUCUCCCUCAUCCUGGGGUACACGUGGCUCGAGGCCGUCAUCUUCCUCAUUGGCAUCAUCGUGGCUAAUGUCCCUGAGGGUCUCCUGGCUACUGUCACUGUGUGUCUGACGCUGACCGCCAAGCGCAUGGCUCGGAAGAACUGCCUCGUGAAAAACCUGGAGGCCGUUGAGACCCUGGGCUCCACGUCUACCAUCUGCUCAGACAAAACAGGGACCCUCACCCAGAACCGCAUGACAGUCGCCCACAUGUGGUUUGACAACCAGAUCCAUGAGGCAGAUACCACCGAGGACCAGUCAGGCACCUCAUUUGACAAGAGCUCACACACCUGGGUCGCCCUGUCCCACAUCGCCGGCCUCUGCAAUCGUGCCGUCUUCAAGGGUGGUCAGGACAACAUCCCCGUGCUGAAGAGGGACGUGGCCGGGGAUGCCUCGGAGUCUGCCCUGCUCAAGUGCAUUGAGCUGUCCUCCGGCUCUGUGAAGCUGAUGCGGGAACGCAACAAGAAGGUGGCUGAGAUUCCCUUCAACUCCACCAACAAGUACCAGCUGUCCAUCCAUGAGACCGAGGACCCCAACGACAAUAGGUACCUUCUGGUGAUGAAGGGCGCCCCCGAGCGCAUCCUAGACCGCUGCUCCACCAUCCUGCUGCAGGGCAAAGAGCAGCCGCUGGACGAGGAGAUGAAGGAGGCCUUCCAAAACGCCUACCUCGAGCUCGGAGGCCUGGGCGAGCGUGUGCUGGGCUUCUGCCACUACUACCUGCCGGAGGAGCAGUUCCCCAAGGGCUUUGCCUUCGACUGCGACGAUGUGAAUUUCACCACGGACAACCUGUGCUUUGUGGGCCUCAUGUCCAUGAUUGACCCACCCCGGGCAGCCGUCCCAGACGCGGUGGGCAAGUGCCGAAGCGCAGGCAUCAAGGUCAUCAUGGUCACAGGCGAUCACCCCAUCACAGCCAAGGCCAUUGCCAAGGGUGUGGGCAUCAUCUCUGAGGGCAACGAGACAGUGGAGGACAUUGCAGCCAGGCUCAACAUCCCUGUGAGCCAGGUCAACCCUCGGGAUGCCAAGGCCUGUGUGAUCCACGGCACUGACCUCAAAGACUUCACCUCCGAGCAGAUCGACGAGAUCCUGCAGAACCACACUGAGAUCGUCUUCGCCCGCACCUCCCCACAGCAGAAACUCAUCAUAGUGGAGGGCUGCCAGCGCCAGGGAGCCAUCGUGGCUGUAACUGGCGAUGGUGUCAACGACUCCCCUGCUCUGAAGAAAGCCGACAUCGGAGUGGCCAUGGGCAUCGCCGGCUCAGACGUCUCCAAACAGGCAGCCGACAUGAUUCUGCUGGACGACAACUUUGCCUCCAUUGUCACAGGCGUGGAGGAAGGCCGCCUGAUCUUUGACAACCUGAAGAAGUCCAUCGCCUACACCCUGACCAGCAACAUUCCCGAGAUCACACCUUUCCUGCUUUUCAUCAUGGCCAACAUCCCCCUGCCCCUGGGCACCAUCACCAUCCUGUGCAUCGACCUGGGCACUGAUAUGGUCCCCGCCAUCUCACUGGCCUAUGAGGCUGCUGAGAGUGACAUCAUGAAGAGACAGCCCAGGAACCCACGGACUGACAAGCUGGUCAAUGAGAGGCUCAUCAGCAUGGCCUACGGACAGAUCGGAAUGAUCCAGGCGCUUGGAGGCUUCUUCUCCUACUUUGUGAUCCUGGCAGAAAAUGGCUUCUUACCUGGCAACCUGGUGGGUAUUCGGCUGAAUUGGGAUGACCGCACCGUCAAUGACCUGGAGGACAGCUACGGACAGCAGUGGACAUACGAGCAGAGGAAAGUGGUGGAGUUCACGUGCCACACGGCCUUCUUCGUGAGCAUCGUGGUGGUGCAGUGGGCUGACCUCAUCAUCUGCAAGACCAGAAGGAACUCCGUCUUCCAGCAGGGCAUGAAGAACAAGAUUCUGAUCUUCGGGCUGUUUGAGGAAACGGCCCUGGCCGCCUUCCUGUCCUACUGCCCUGGCAUGGAUGUGGCCCUCCGCAUGUACCCUCUCAAGCCUAGCUGGUGGUUCUGUGCCUUCCCCUAUAGUUUCCUCAUCUUCGUCUACGACGAAAUCCGCAAACUCAUCUUGCGCAGGAACCCUGGGGGUUGGGUGGAGAAAGAAACCUACUACUGACCUCUUUCCUGCCACAUCGCCGUCUCUCCUCUGGCCCCCCUGCCCAGGACAGCCCUGUCCAGUCCCCACCAUUUUGUAUUCUGGGGAAAGGGGCCCUCUCUCCCGAGGCCCCACCUUGGCCCCCACCCCUCCAGUGGUCUCCGGCC